UGGUUUCUGCGGAAGAUGUGUUGGAUCUCUAUGAGCCAAUUAAAAUUAUUAUUAAGCAGAGCAGGAGGCUUUCUACUCGUAUCUGCUCUCUCCGCGUCUGCUCUAAACGCGCCGUCUCUAGCCUCCUCCGCGUCCUCUUCAUCUCCCGCCGCCAUGGAAACUCACAAAACCAAGGUCUGCAUCGUCGGAAGCGGUCCCGCAGCGCACACGGCAUCGAUCUACGCAGCUAGGGCAGAGCUCAAGCCUCUCCUCUUCGAAGGAUGGAUGGCUAACGACAUCGCUCCCGGCGGUCAAUUAACCACAACCACCGACGUCGAGAACUUCCCCGGCUUCCCCGAAGGUAUCCUCGGCAUCGAGAUCGUGGAGAAGUUCCGUAAGCAAUCUGAGCGAUUCGGCACCAAGAUCUUCACCGAGACGGUUAAUAAGGUUGAUUUCUCCUCGAAGCCGUUUAAGCUGUUCACCGAUUCAAGAACCGUCCUCGCCGACGCCGUGAUCAUCUCCACGGGAGCCGUGGCGAAACGCCUCAGCUUCGCUGGAUCUGGUGAAGGCGCCGGUGGUUUCUGGAACAGAGGUAUCUCGGCGUGCGCCGUGUGCGACGGAGCUGCUCCGAUUUUCAGGAACAAGCCUCUGGUGGUUAUCGGCGGCGGAGAUUCGGCUAUGGAGGAAGCGAAUUUUCUGACUAAGUAUGGUUCCAAGGUUUACAUUAUCCACAGGAGGGAUACCUUCAGGGCGUCUAAGAUCAUGCAGCACGCGUUGUCGAACCCUAAGAUUGAAGUGAUUUGGAACUCUUCGGUGGUUGAGGCGUACGGAGAUGAGAACGGGAAAGGCGUUCUUGGGGGUUUGAAGGUGAAGAACGUUGUUACUGGCGAUGUGUCUGAUUUGAAGGUGUCGGGAUUGUUCUUUGCGAUAGGGCAUGAGCCAGCGACGAAGUUCUUGGAUGGGCAGCUUGAGCUUGAUGAAGACGGCUAUGUGGUGACUAAGCCUGGUACAACUAAGACGAGUGUGGUUGGUGUGUUUGCUGCUGGAGAUGUUCAAGAUAAGAAGUAUAGGCAGGCUAUUACAGCUGCAGGAACUGGGUGUAUGGCGGCCUUGGACGCAGAGCAUUACUUACAGGAGAUUGGAUCUCAGGAGGGUAAAAGUGAUUAGAGAGGGUGUAGGUGAAGGACCUAUUAAUAAGUUGCUCUCUCUUAUUUGCAGUGUCAUUUGCAGAACUGUCGAACUUAAUGAGGGGGUUUGAGUAGAGUUUUAAGCGUUUGCAGUUGAACUUGAUUCUGGAGUUUGUGCCAAGUUGUAUCUCUUUAGUGGGUCACAGAUUUGAGCAAUCUGCUCUUGAUUUGUUCCUCAUGUGAGGGCAUUUUAUUUUAUUUGAUUGUGUAAACCAGUUUGAAUUGAACCGAUUGGAUUUGGAGUCUC